CCUCGAAAACAUGUGUUGUGCAGAGACCCCUGUCUCGCAAGGAAAUACAAAAUCAAAAUAUGGUCUCUUUAUGCGAAGAAAUGUCGGCUAGUAAAGUGCGAGAAAUUUAAAAUAAUAAUAGUGUCGGUUAAAUAGUAUUUUUUAUUUAAAAACUAUGUUUAAAAAAAGUGAAAACAGUACACAGUUGAAUGGUGCAAGUUUAUUUAAUUCAAAUUCUGGAAGUUUAAAAUUUUCAAGUUGUAAAUGUUGUUUAAUGCUCGUUAUUUAGGAAUAAUUCAGUUUCCAAUGUAAGGUCAUCCCGUUGAUUCAUAUACAGUGCGAUAUUACAACCAGACUUUGAUAAUAGCUUCCUUCCUAGAGUUCGGUUUUGAUUUCGCCCAGCUAUUUGUGUCGUCUGUACAUCACUUUACAGUGAUAUAUAACAAUGAGACAACGGUUGGUGUUUUUACUUGUGUGUUGUGUAUGUGAUGUGAUUUCCAAAACGAAAUAUUUUACCACCGAAGAUGAUUUAAGUUUUACACCAACAGAGAAAUAUGUAGAUGCUACUGAUAUCGACACAAGUGAUAUUUCUUUUACAGUUAAAAGCACUGCAAGCCUCAACGAUGAUAUUGAAGAAAGUACUUCCCCUAUUUCGGUACCAAAAUUAUCAAAAAUUACUGAAGCAACUACAGAAGUCGUCAAUGUUAGUGAUAAAAUUAGUAAAGAUUUUAUAUAUAGUGCUUCCAAUAGUAUUCCUACGACAGAAAAACUUACAAGUAGUACCACUUUGAUGAUAAGUAAUGCGACCGUUACAGGAGUGUCCACAAGUACUACUGAUAUUCCACCAAUUAUUACCACAAUACCAUAUCCUCAUAGAUCUUUUACACUUAAAAACACUGCAAGCCUCAACAAUGAUAUUGAAGAAAGUACUUCCCCUAUUUCGGUACCAAAAUUAUCAAAAUAUAGAAUCGAAAAUCCCCAAAUUACUAAAGCAACUACAGAAGUCGUCAAUGUUAGUGAUGAAAUUAGCAUUCCUACGACAGAAAAACUUACAAGUAGUACCACUUUGAUGGUUACAGGAGUGUCUACAAGUACUACUGAUAUUCCACCAAUUAGUACCACAACGGCAAAUCCUCAAAGAAUUUGUUCAGCUCCAAAAUUAAACUAUAGUGAUCUUCAAAUAUUCUGGGAUAACGACUCAAACGAAGAUAAAUGUGUUAAAACUAAUAUAACCUUUGAUUGCACUCGGAUUAGCGAUGGGGGAGGUUAUGUAAAUGCGACGUACAAUUUGGCCGAUACCAAAAAUUAUGCAGUUCUAGAUAAGGAUUCUCUUAAUCUCCAGAUAGGAUACCAAUACAACUGUAUAUCAGAAUUUAGAGAUGAAGAAAAUGUGGUAGUAUCAGAUUCUACGUCAAUGAUAGUACCUCCUGGAUCUUUAAAAAUUAACGUGACUACAAACAACUUGACGGUGGCCUGGAACGCUCCAUUUAUUAACCAAACCCUAGCUUACACAGUAUCUAUUAAACUUUUACGGUCACAUCAUUAUGUUCCCAAUGAGUGUGAAAAUGGUGAUGGCAGUAUGUUCAAUUAUACCACAAAUAACACAUACUUUCUUAUAACUGAUUAUUUGCCUGACUAUGACUAUGUUGUAAACGUUUCGACAACGUUUUGGGACAUACAUACGUAUAAUAGAGAGGACUGCUUUAUGACAACGCCAACUGCAGCACCAGACUCUCCUGCAAACGUUUCAGUAGAAGAAUACGUCAACGCAAAAAAUGAGAAAGAAUAUACAUUACAUUGGAAGAUGCCGUGUCAUUCAAACGGCAAAAUUCAAAAAUAUCACGUCAAGAUAACAAAUUUAAAUGAAAGUAAGGUUGUGGACGAUGAAGAUGUUCCAAAUUCAAGCAAUGAAACUGAUUGCAAAUUGAAUUUAACAAACCUUGCUAAACAAUCGAUUUUUAACUACGAAUUAUACGCAGUAGGCGCGAAUAAUGAACAUGGUAAAAGUUUUAAAGGGACUUUUGCGACUGCAAGUAAUGUAAUACCUGCUCCAGUUGUUACUUCAAUUGAUAUAGGAUCUACAUACUUUAUUAUCGAGUGGACAAUGCCGAAUAUUUCAGUAGGAAACCCAAAUGUAUACACAUUUGAUAUUGAAAUUGAAAAUCGAGGACCUAGAUAUCGACUCAAAGAAAAUUGUACAAUAAAUCCAAAUCAUCACGAGGUGAUACAUAAUGAAACAAGCUACAACUAUACUUCAGCUAGUCCUUAUUAUUUAUAUAACGUAACGGUAACAGUUUCCAGUUCAGAAACAAAUGUUAACAGCUCAGGAUAUGUGAUUGUAGAAACUACUUCUUCAGUACCUGACCCACCCGACAACCUAACACUGAACGUGAAUGAACACACUUUGUUUUCUGAAUUAAAUUGGGAGAUGCCAUGUAACGUUAACGGACUAAUAUCUAAUUUCAAUGUAGUCGUUUCCGAGAGGUACAGUGAAGACUCUACAGAAAAUCGUACUACAUAUCCAAAGAAAUCAAAUGAAUCCACGAUGAAUAUACAACUACAACCAUCGCACAUGUACGAAAUAAGUGUAAGCAUAUUGCUAGACGAUGGAUUAGAAGGAAAACGAGCUAUUGUAAAUUACACAACUCCAAUUGGUUUUCCAGGAAUCCCAAUUCUAAACGUAUCAAAUGUUUCUAACACAUCUUUUGUAAUCGAAUGGCUACCGCCCAUUGAAAAAACCGGCCCAAUUCAAUAUUAUGAACUAAAUAUAACCUCUCUUGGGCCUCUUUAUAAUGUUCCCAUGGAAUGUCGGACCCAUGAUGAUGACGUGUUUAAAAUAAUUGGAGUAAAAAGUCCAACGAGCUAUUCUCAUUCAACGGCUUUAGCGUAUAAUAGAUACAUAGUGCGCAUUAGAGCAAAUACUUUAAAAGGAUAUGGAAAUUUUUCUAUUGCCGAAUUCGACACAACUGAAGGAGUACCUGAAACUGUCCGUAACGUUGGAUAUACAAUUAAUAAUAAUUUAACUGAAGAAUACGAUGCUACCGUUUCCAUAACUUUUGAUCGACCUUGCCACACAUAUGGGAUCAUCAAGAACUACAGUAUAGAAUACCAUGGUAUGCGUAAAUCAUACCCAGAUGACCAUGGUCGGAUGGUAAUCAACGCUAAUGAUUCUAAAUUUGUGUUUAAGUUACAACCAGAAUACAAUUAUACUUAUGACAUCUGGAGUAGUAAUAGGUUUUUAAAAAAUGUUACGGAAGGUUAUUUUAACUCUCCAGCUGGAGUACCAACGUUCAACGCAAGUAUUUCUAUACCAAUCGAUUCCAUAAGCACGGAAAACGCGAAAAUUGUUUUGAGGAAAGACUAUUUUAGUCAAAACAAUGGAGAUGUGAGAUAUAUUGCUUUAUUGCUUAGAGAAACCAUGUCGCAUCCUAAUCACAAUUUCAGCAAAUGGAACUCAAAGGAUUGGCCAGCUCCGCAAGCGGGAGUUCAACAGUUGACAGAUUGUUUUUGGAAUCCUUUUGAAACGUCAAGCAACGCUACUUUCGUCAUUGGAACUGAGUCAUAUUGUAAGCCUGAUUGUAGAUGUAACAACAGGCCUCUUAAAGACGAUACUACGUAUCACUUGACAAUCAGGGUUUUUACCUCAAAUUUUUAUCGGGAUGGUAUAUCAAUUUCUUUUCAAACUGAUAAACUAAGCCAAGUAGCUGUAAUUCUUGGAGUAAUUUUUGGUAUUCUAUUCUUUGCUAUUGUAGCCAUCAUUGGAUUAUAUGUAUGGAAGAAACAACUUUACAGGAAGCUAUCCUUCAUUUAUUCCAAAAAACCAUCGGACAAACCACCUGUCACAAACAGUACAGCUAUUGUUCCCAAAAAGUUUAUUCAAUAUUUCAAAAACUCCCAAAGCAAACCGGAAUUCCUUAAAGGGCAGUUUACCGAUUUAGAGGAAAAAUCUAAAGAAAUUCAAGCGCAGAAAAGUUUCCAUUUUUCGGGAUUAUUGGAAAAUAAAAGGAAAAAUAGAUAUGUCAAUAUUUCACCAUAUGACGAUACACGUGUUAAGUUGCUAAUUGAUGAAGAUGACGAAAUUGGAUCUGACUAUAUAAAUGCAUCGUAUGUUAAAGGAUACUCAGGAGGGAUUGAAUACAUAGCAACACAAGGACCACUUCCAACUACAUGCAGGGAUUUUUGGAAAAUGGUUAUACAAGAAAAUGUCACUAUCAUUGUCAUGGUAGCGCAGUUUAUUGAGAAAAACAAGCAAAAAUGUUACAAAUAUUUUCCCAACAAUCAUGAAAAUCUCAUUAUUAGUGACGAUAUGGAAAUAAGAUGUUCAACGGAAUUGCAUUUCGGGACGUAUCUCGUAAGAAAUUUGCAAGUUCGAAAAGAUUCACUGCAGGUGAACGUAACUCAUAUGCAGUUCUUAGAAUGGCCAGAUUUCAAUGUACCAACUGGUACAGAGCACAUGUUACAAUUUAUUUACCAAAUAAGAGAACGUUUAAGAAUUGAAGGGGGGAUAGUUAUUGUACAUUGCAGCGCCGGAGUGGGAAGAACUGGUACCCUCAUAGCCGCAGAUAUGCUUCUUCAAAACGUCAACGCUGGAAAACAAAUUGACGUUUUUAACACCGUACUGGAACUCAGAAAACAAAGAGUAAUGAUGGUACAGACUGCGGAACAAUAUGUUUAUUUGCAUCGCUUGGUGGCAGAUCACAUAGACAGACCACCUACACCUGAUAUGAAUGAGGCGUCUGAUCCGUUUUACGAAAACAUGGAUAUGAUCAAUAACCAAUCCGAGUCUCAAAGUAAUUCAAAAAGGAAAGAAGAAGAAAGCGAAUUCUGAACGAAUUCAAACACUCCAUCAUUCCAAUUGACUGAAGAAAUAGUAUUACAGUAUUAUUUUUAUAUUUUUUCUUAUUAAAUCAAGAACAAUAGAUUGAGGUAUUUAAAAGAUUAAAGAUAUUUUUAUAAUUAUGUUAAGAAUUGGUGAUAAAAUGUAUAUAAAAAUUCGAUAUUUGACAGAAACACUAAUUUUGACAAUAUAGUAAUGGCUGAACAUUUAAUCAAAGUAAAAAUAUGUUAAAUAUAGUUAUUGUUCAAGAAAAACAUCAAAGAAUAAAAAAUAAAUAAUAACUUUUUGUCCCAAAUGUACUUAUUUUUUUACGAAAUCUAAUAUAAAUGUAUUAUUGCAUUAUAAGUAGUCAGAAAAUAUGUAUGAUAAUAAAUUAAUGGUAUAUUUAGGGUAUGGUUCGAUAUUAACUAAAAUAUUGGUUGCUCGAUCCAAAACUAACCAUUCUGAUUGACAUUUCUGAAAAACCGAUUAAAUUAGGAACGCGGUUACCUGAAAAUGGCGACUGAAACGUCAUUUUUACGGUUACCAUUAAGUCAAAUGUCAAUCUGUCACAAAAAUGACGCAAUGGCUACGUUCAGCAGAAAAAAAUCUGAUCGGGAUUUGUUUCAGAUCAAUUUGCAACAAUUUUAAAGUCUGCUGAAGUAUUUUUUUGCGUUUUGAGAAAGAAACUGUAGUGACAUUUAUUAAAGUCAUGUAACUAACCUCCAAACUCCAAAUUUAUGAUUUUAUAUUUUAUCUGUGGAUCGUGUGUAAAUUAAAAAGUAAAAUAUAAAAGGGUAUUGUGUAUAAUAGCAAAAGCAACUAUUGUUAAGAAAGCUUGAGUGACACAAUGAAAGGCAAUAUUUUAAUGGUCGCCUUUCACGAUAUCUUAAAUAAUAUAUUAUUCUAAAAUUGACGUAGCAUAAAUUAAAUGCGCUCCAAAAAAUGAUGACUGAUAUGACAACAAAAGUUGUCGUUCAACAUAAAAUAAGUAAACUGUUGCGUCUGCUGAACGCAGUCAAUGUAACCGACAAAUUAGUUUUUUGAGGAACCGCUAUCAAGUAAUCCUGGUUAAUAUCGAACCAUACUCUUGAUUCCCAUAAAAUAUGUCAAUAAAAAUG